UUCUUCUCUUCCUAUCCACUCUGGUCUCUCCCCUCUGCUGGCCAGCCUGCUUGUCUUGCCAACCGAGCUUUCCCAGACCUAUUCGCGAGUAAAACACCAGAUUUCAAAAUGUCUAUGAAGUACAGCAGCAGCACCUACAAAGUGAAGAGCUCUACCGCCCCACGGAACUUCAGCAGCUCAUCAUACGCUGGACCAGGCACCACACGCUCAAGCUAUUCUAUCAAGACCUCCUAUGGAGGACCCGGCUAUGGAGCGGGCUAUGGCAUGGGUGGUGCAGGAAUCAUCAGUCGCUCCUCUUACUCAAGCCUGGGCUCAAGCAUGGGUGGCAUAGGAGGAGGCAUGAGUGGCAUGGGUGGCAUAGGAGGAGGCAUGGGUGGCAUGGGCAUGCAUGCAACCCCCAUUACCGCUGUAACUGUGAACAAGAGCCUGCUGGCCCCCCUGAACCUCGAGAUUGACCCCAAUAUCCAAGCUGUGCGCACCCAGGAAAAGGAGCAGAUCAAGACCCUGAACAACCGCUUUGCCUCAUUCAUUGACAAGGUUCGCUUCCUGGAACAGCAAAACAAAAUGCUGGAGACCAAGUGGAACCUGCUGCAGGGUCAGACCACCACCCGCUCCAACAUUGACGCCAUGUUCGAAGCCUACAUUGCUAACCUCCGCAGACAGCUGGACAGCCUGGGCAAUGACAAGAUGAAGCUGGAGGCCGACCUGCACAACAUGCAGGGCCUGGUUGAAGACUUCAAGAACAAGUAUGAGGAUGAAAUCAACAAGCGUACCGAGUGUGAGAAUGACUUUGUUCUCAUCAAGAAGGAUGUCGAUGAAGCCUACAUGAAUAAGGUUGAGCUGGAGGCCAAGCUGGAGGGUCUGACAGAUGAGAUCAACUUCCUCAGGCAGAUCUAUGAAGAGGAACUGCGUGAACUCCAGAGCCAGAUCAAGGACACAUCAGUAAUUGUGGAGAUGGACAACAGCCGCAACCUGGACAUGGAUGCGAUUGUGGCUGAAGUGCGAUCUCAGUAUGAGGACAUCGCCAACCGCAGCCGCGGUGAGGCUGAGACAUGGUACAAGACCAAGUAUGAAGAAAUGCAGUCAUCUGCAACCAAAUAUGGAGAUGACCUCAGAGCUACCAAGACAGAAAUCUCCGAUCUCAACCGCAUGAUCCAGAGACUCACAUCGGAGAUCGAUGCCGUCAAAGGACAGCGUGCCAACCUUGAGGCCCAGAUUGCUGAGGCUGAGGAGCGUGGUGAGAUGGCAGUGAAGGAUGCUAAAGGCCGUAUCAAGGACCUCGAGGAGGCCCUGCAGAGAGCCAAACAGGACAUGGCCCGCCAGAUCAGAGAAUACCAGGACCUGAUGAAUGUCAAGCUAGCUCUGGACAUUGAGAUUGCAACCUACAGAAAACUCCUGGAGGGAGAGGAGGACAGGCUGGCCAGCGGCAUCAAAGCAAUCAACAUUUCAACACAGAGCUCAAGCUACGGUGGUAUGCCUUUGGAGAGCAUGAGGAGCACCUACUCCAGCGGGGUCUCCAGUGGGUUUGGCGGAUACAGCGGCGGCGGUGGCUACAGUUACAGCAGUGGCAGCGGGUACAGCGGGUAUGGCCCCUCAACCACCUCCCAGACUAAGAGGAAUGUUGUCGUCAAAAUGAUUGAGACCAGGGAUGGCAGAGUGGUGUCCGAGUCCUCUGAAGUUAUUGAUGAGUGAGCUGCUUAGUUUACUGACGUAGCUACCUGUCUGCAUUGAUCUCUGCCUGUCUGAUAGUUUUAUACUCACAAUUGAACCCCUGCCCCCCCGCAUCCUGAAAAUGUUGCAAUAAACAAGUAUGAAGUAAAAUGUUUUCCAGUCACUCUCUAGCAGAGACUAAACAUGUUUUCUAGUGAAGCAAUAAAUGAUCCUAACACUACCAAAGAGCUGUAAGGGACCAAAGAACCUACUUUAUAUGUCAUACUGUCUGUACUAAAACAGUAAAAUGUAACUUAAAAAAAGACAUAUAACAUUCCCUUAAAAUCUUUGCAACCCCAAUUUUGUACACGAAGGGCUGUCCCAUUUCAGAACUAUGUUGCCUUAAAUGGACAGUACUAUCGUCACAGGAAUGUGAACAAACUGAAACAGAGCUUCAGUGUUUGUGAUCAACUAAUGCCUUACAAAUGCCUGCUAUAGUAGGUAGUGCAUGUCUCCCCUGUGCGUGACCUAUAACUGAAACGAUUUGACCCCUUAGGAGGCUCCACACAUCACGCUGUUGUCCUGAGGUGCUGUUUUUGCUACAAAAACAAAUAAAAAGUGUUUACUGAAAA